CAAACGACUCACGGACCGGUACCGGUCCGAGGCCUGGGGGUUGGGGACCGCUGUUAUGUAUGUAUGUAUGUCAAUUUUAAUGAGAUUUAUAACAAGAAGAGGAGCGAUUUGGCACCAAAAACAGGUUCUGUGCCUCGACAGCUGCAAAUAUUAAUCUCAAAGAGGGUUAAAGGCCACAUUUACCAGCAAGUUUACUUCAGCUGCCAGAAAGGUGUGAAAGAAAGUGUUCUUUGACACUUCAGUAAAUUACUUACAGCUCUUUCUGCUGCCUUCCCUCCAGAAAUACAUGAUACUUUCAGAUUUCAACAUGUAAGCUAAAUCAAACCCAGCCUGUCCCGUCUCAGGAACAGGAGCUGCAGCCCAGGAGUCUUGACUUUGCCUUUUUUUAAAAUGUUAAAUAAAGCCAGGUUGGCAGAGUACAAAUUUGUUAAACUGGACACUUUAGAACAGGAUCUCAAGAGCGACUGGGUUUCUAAAUCUACCCGCAAGCUUGACUUGCUGUAUCACCUUUGUUUACUUGUUAUACCUAAAAAAUGUUGAAGAGUUUAAAUUUUUAGAGGUUACCUUAGGUUUCACCCUUACAUUAAGAAAUCAAGCCUAACACAAGUGGUGUUUCAAAUAGAUCCCACAGGUGUAUCUGCUAAAAAAUCUCAGCCUCAAGGUCAGGGGUCAGAAGUCAAGUUUUCGAAAAAUCUUGUGGAUAUGAUAACUCAAGAAGGAAGUUACCUAACAUUUUGAAAUCGAUACCACAAGUGCAUUUACUAAAAAUCUCCAACGAGUUCGAAUCUCAGUGACCUUGAACUAAAGGUUAGAGGUUAGAGGUCAAGUAGUGAUACCACAGGUGCAUCUAUUAGCAGGCUGUGCCACAGCCAGUAUUUUAAUUGUUGUAUAAUUCUGUAUGUCUGAUUAACACUUUGAUACAUUUUGCAUAAUUUUCCAUUUGUCAGCAUGUGUAUCUGUUACGGUUUGGAGGAGGACUCAAGCACAGGACUCCGGUUCUGAUGCUCACAAGAAGGAUUUAUUUACAAGUCACCAGGUGUAUAUACAAGAAUGUGCGGGGGGGUGUUAUAUACAGCUGAGUGGGGGGAGAAGGGGUCUCCAGGGAAGUCCAAGGGAAAGCACGCGUUCUUCAGAAUAUCCACUCACACGAUCACAGGCUCACACUCCGACACUGCCACACAGGAAUCACACGGGGAAAAAUCCAGGAAGCUCUGUAGACAGGGAGACAGGGUUAAGAACGACGCACAGAGGAAAACACUCUUAACUAAACUUGUUGUAGCUUGACUUCACUAACGCGUGGUAGACAACGACCCAGCGACGAACAGCAGUCACCUCCUGGCUUAAAUGCUGCUCCAGGUGUCUCAUCUCCCGAGGGCGUGGGCUGAGGGCGUGAACCCACAGUGAGUUCUGCCCCGGCGAGAGAGAAGAGGAAGAGAGAGAGAGAAACAGAGAGGGCUGAUCAGCGUGCAGCUGAUCCGCCUGGCCGUGACAGUAUCUGUAGGUGCUUUCUUAAUUCCUUAUGUCCUGUUCCUUGUGACCUGUGGCAUACCUCUAUUUGUGCUGGAGACGGCACUGGGCCAGUACACUAGUCAGGGAGGAAUCAUGUGCUGGAGGAAGGUCUGCCCCUUGUUUGAAGUUAUGUUGUUUCCAGGCAUGGGAUACACCAGCCAAAUGAUCAUUUUCUAUGGAAGUAUCAGCUAUAUUGUGAUUUUAGCCUGGGCUUUUCUCUACUUGUUCUCUUCCUUCUCUGGAGAGUUGCCAUGGGCCACCUGUAAUAACACCUGGAACACGAAUCGUUGUGUAGAAAUUAACAACUACAAUACUACUGCCAACUGGACAUCACCUGUGAAUGCAUCAUCUUCUGUUUUAGAGUUUUGGCAGCGUCGGGUGUUGAAUAUAUCCAGCGGCAUAGAGAACUUGGGAACCAUACAGUGGGACCUUUCUCUGUGCCAUCUUCUAGCCUGGGUCAUCUGCUACUUUUGUGUUUGGAAGGGAGUAAGAUCCACGGGAAAGGCAACAUAUUUCACAGCCACGUUCCCCUUUGUCCUGUUAAUCAUGCUGUUUGUCAGAGGAAUGACCCUUCCUGGAGCCUUCCAUGGUAUCAAGUACUACUUGUAUCCCAAUCCUGAACGGCUCGCUGACCCACUGGUCUGGAUGGAUGCUGGAACACAAAUAUUUUAUUCUUAUGCCAUAUGUUUGGGAUGCCUAACUACACUUGGGAGCUACAACAAGUACAACAAUAACUGUUACAGAGACUCCUUUUAUCUUUGUUUGUUGAACAGCGCGACCAGCUUCAUGUCAGGCUUUGCCAUUUUCUCAGUUCUGGGUUACAUGUCGCAAAAGCAGGGUGUCGACAUUGCUACAGUCGCUGAGUCAGGUCCAGGCCUUGUUUUCAUAGUCUACCCACAAGCUGUGACCCUGCUGCCUUGGCCUCAGGUCUGGUCUGUGUGCUUCUUUGCCAUGAUCAUCUUGUUAGGAAUAGAUGGUCAGUUUGCAGGUCUUGAAAGCAUCAUGACCUCUUUGACAGAUGUCUUCCCCUCCCAUUUAAGGAAAGGAUAUCACAGAGAGCUUUAUCUGAUGCUGAUCUGUGCGCUUUGCUAUCUGUUUGGCCUGUUAUUGGUGUCACAGGCUGGUGCAUACAUUCUGCAGAUCUUCGAUCACUAUGUUUGCAGCGGUCCUACUCUGCUGCUGAUGGCAAUUUUCCAGUCAGUUACGAUUGGAUGGAUUUAUGGUGCCGAUCGCUUCUACACCAACAUUGAGGACAUGAUUGGAUACAGACCUCUGUCACUGAUCAAGUACUGCUGGCUCUAUGCCACCCCUCUCAUUUGCAGUGGAACACUUAUAUUUUUGCUCCUGAGGUACACCCCUCUGAAGUUCAACAACACAUACAUGUAUCCUUGGUGGGCUUACUGCAUUGGCUGGUUCCUCGCGCUGUCGUCACUUUCUAUGGUCCCAGUCACUAUGAUCUACAAACUGGCCAAAGGAAGAGGGAGUCUCUGGCAGCGUCUGAAGACCAGCUCCCAGCCUGCAAGUGAUCUUCGAGGAAUGGAAAAGGAAAUGAUAAAUGUCCAUGAUUCACUACGUGCCCCAAAAUAACUGUUCAGCCUUAUUCACUGAAAUGCAAAUCUUUAAAUGUACCUUUUAAUUUGCGUUUUAAAUAAUACUUAAGGUGUGGGUCCUCUAUUAUGCACAUAUAUGGUGGCUGGUAUUAAUAUUUUUUAUAAGGUGAAAGGGUCUAUCUGAAGCAUGAAAUGUCUGAAUAUCUGUUAGAGGCUGAAUGUAUAAAAUACUACACUGAUAUGGAGCCUCUGAUAUGACUUUAAUUUGCAUUUCAAAUACCUCAAACCCUAACAAUAACAUUUUUACUUGACUUUUUACUUUAAACUCACUACGAACACACAGACGUUGAGAUUGAAAAGAAACUUACAAUUAUUAUUUAUAGACCAACACAGUGAAUAGAGAUUUUAAAACUAGUGCUGUCGGCGUUAAAUCUUGUUAGAAUGACGUUAACACCAUAACCGCAUUAACGCAGCAAAUUUCCGUUAACGCGGAUCGCCAUGGUGACAACGCGCCGUGCAGCCCCUCGCACCGUGACAAGUUUUUUUUUCUUUUUUAGAAACAUAAAAGCAAGGUCUUUUAGUGUUUAAAAGUAUUGAGCUGAAAACACAUAUUCACAGUUUAACACGUUUUUAUGAUGAUCACUUUUUUAAUGAUUUCCUACAUCAACUGCUACUUCUGUUGUGUUUUUGUGAUGUUUCAUGGAAAUCUGGGUUAUUUUAACACAACGUUUUUAUAUAUUCAUACAAAUUGAAAAGUAAAAGGCUGUUUUUCUGUUCCUCUCUCAGUCAGAACCUGUUUUAUAAACUAUAUCUAUCAUCAUUCUGGCAUUAAGUUCUAAAUACUUAAAUAACAUGGGGACCUGCGUAGAAACACCUUCAUAACAUUUAAAAUGAAAAAGAUUAGCUUCACUAAGCUUGUAGCUUUAUUUUGGUUACAGCUACAACAUACAAGAUACAAAAUGCUUUAUAACAUACGCAUGAAAAAUAAAAACUUACAUUUCAUAGAACAAAGGUCAACAUUGCUACAUGCUGACAUGCUAAGUAAUGCCAAGGAUCGCACAUCAAGUUUUCAGUGUUCUGAACCUUUUUUAUGUUUAUCUUCCUAUAGCUUUUUGGCUGAAAUACACUGAAUGUAAGCAACAGAGGUCAGUUUUGUUUUUGUUUUUUACUUCAGACUCCUUUAGUGCCCCCUCCUUUUUUAAUUACCUGGAACUGAGGAGUAACUAUGAAAUUGUGUCCUUUGGAAAGAUUUCUCCUUGACGUUUUCUGGUAUGUGUUUCAUGUUGCUUGUGCUACACACACAUAUCAGGAAACACUAGGCCUAACGAUCCGUAUGUAUUUUAAGCAUUCAGAGUAUAUUUCAUGAUAUUCUUUUUUUUAUCAACAUGUAUAAUAAACCAAAUAAAUAUUGCUCUUCAAGUCUGUCAAAAAGUGGUUAAUGUUUGCUCCUUACAUUUAUAACUGAACUCCUACUUUUACUUUAAGGUGCAUUGUAUUUUCUUGGAUUAUUGUAUUGGUUACAAGACUUUUUAAAUGUGUCUUGAUAUUUGACCUUGAAUUUGUAUAAUAAAAUACUUUGGGGAAUAAUUUA